GGGAAAGGCAAAAUGAGGGUGUGCCUACAGUCUACAAGAGCCUUUAUGAGGAUGAAAGGCUGCAAGGUGUCAAGGUGGACAUGCAGCACCCUCCCCCAUAAUCGCCAACAAGACAGCACAUCCUGUGGUGUCCUGGCCUUAAAAUUUGCAGAGAAGAUUUUACUGGGGGAGGCAAUUGAGUUUGAAAGCUCCCAGAAGGCAGUGCACGAGCUGAGGCUGGACAUUGCUACUUCUCUCCUCAGAGAAUCUGAUGAUCUAAGCAGGCUUUGCUUUUACUGCGGGAUGGAGGAGCAGGAUGAAGAACAUUGGAUUUGCUGUGACAUUUGUCAGCAGUGGUACCACCACCAAUGUGUACAAAGGCCUCCAGUGGAUCAACCGUACUUGUGCCCUGGAUGCACAUAAUGCCCCGAAGGAACCAUCAUUAACUGUCCACU